AUGACGCAAGCUAUCAAGUCCUCAUCUUCUUCACAUUGUCCUUCAUUCCGAUUAAUACCACUCUCAGACACAACCAGUCCGGAAAGGAUCAUCCAAUCGGGAUAUGUUGUGAUUGGCAGAGGAAGCUGCCCAGAAGAUGUCGAUCAUUCUCAAUUCUAUAGCAUUGGUGAACGAGACACCACAGUUUCUCACAAGCAUUGCUCUAUUAUUUAUGAUAGCAGUCGAGACCAGUUUUUCUUAAUCAACCAUAGUAAGAAUGGUACUUGGUCCCACAAUGGAAAUCAAAAAGUUCAAUUUGAGCCGUGUCCACUCGCAGACAUGGAACGAUUUUACUUGGAAAAAGGAAACAAAUGUGGAUUUGUGUUUAAGCUUAAAGAUUAA